UGCAGACACAACCCUUUGCAGUUGCUAAAAUUCUCGACACACAGCGCCGCGGACCGGGCGUCAACGGAGAAGUUCAUCCUCCAGUGGGAUAUGACUAGUUACUAAGUCGGAUCAGCCAGGAGGACGGACGAUGUCGAUCGAGGCGGAGGCUUUGCUGCAGGAGGCCAAGGAGAGCAUCGAGGCGGCUCAGAACUAUCGCAGCGAGCUGCAGCAGCGUCUCUAUGGGCUCAGCCAGGCCCGCAAACAGGUGCGUGGCAGUGCGAGCCAGACGCGCGAGGCUCUGCAGCGCCACUUCCAGGAGCUGCAGGCGGCGGUGGGGCGUCUGCUGGCCGAGCGGCUGAAGACACUGCUGCAGGAGGUGGACGCCAUCGAGCAGGAGAGCGUCAGCCCGCUGGAUGACUGCCAGAAGCUCAUCGAGCACGGGGUCAGCACCGCCGACGAACUGCUCCGAGAGGGUGAGGCAGCGCUGCGUUGUGGCAUCAAUGAGAAGGAGGAUAAACUGGGCAGCUUCACCAAGAAGGCUCUGCAGAUCCAGCUGGACAGUCUUCCGGAGGUGCCGGCGUUGGUGGACGUGCCGUGCCUGUCUGCGCAGCUGGACGACUCUCUGCUGCAUGCGGUGCGGGAGCGCGUGGCCCGGCACGCCAGCGUGGCCUCGCACCCCCCCGUGCAGAUAGAGGAGCUCCAGGAGAGGCCUGGCAGCGUCCUGGUGCGCUGGUGCAAGGUGGAUGAUGACUUCAGCCCCCAGGACUACCGUCUGCAGUAUCGCCGUAGCAACUCCACCCAGUACGAGGACGCCUACAUCGGCAAGGAGGCGGAGUUCCUGGUCAUGCACCUGGACCCCCACAUGGACCACCAGUUCCGCGUCUGCGCCCGCGGGGAGGGCCGCACCGAGUGGAGCCCUUGGAGCGUGCCCCAGACUGGCUACACCACCCUCGCCGCACACGAGUGGUGUCCAGGCACUGAGGGCUUCAUCCUGAGUAGCAGGAAGAACAUCGCCAUGCGCAGCGAGACGGUGGCCUCCCAGGGACGCGUGCUCUACUCCAACUCCCCCACGUACUUCUGCGGACAAACCCUCACCUUCAAAUUCUCUGCUGUGGGGCAGAUGAACAAGCUGGACAGCGUGGGGGUGUGUGCGGACAACCGGAGUGGAACCGAGUCCCUGCAGAGGGACAAGGCUGUCUGCAUCUCCACCAAUGGCGCCGUGUUUGUGAACGGAAAGGAGAUGACCAACCAGCUACCCGCCAUCACGGUGGGCUCGGCCGUGACCUUUGACAUGGAGGUGGUCAACCUGUUCCCCAUCAGCUCCAACAACAACCCUCACGACGGCGCCAGCUUCAAGCUCCGGGUCACGAUAGGCUCGGGCAACCGGGAAGUGGUCUUUGAUUGGCUGCUGGACCAGGCGGUGGACUGCCUCUACUUCGGCUGCUCCUUCUCUCACCCCGGGUGGAAGGUGCUGGUGUUUUGAUUCCAGAAGAUUCCAUCACAGUGGGUUUACAUACAGUGUUGAAUCUCGCCCUCAAACCCGUGCCUGCAGUUCACCUAGGGAGCGCUGUCGAGACAGCAGAGGUCAUAAGGCUGGCGCUAAUAACUGACAAUUGUGCUCGCUGUCUGCUGAAACUUGACAAUAUUACUGUAAGUUCUGUGAAACCAAUGUGGAUUUCAAUUAAAUGUACAAUAACAUGGGAGUUAUGUCCUUCUGAUUUCCUACAGCUUUGGCAUUUAUGAGUCAGGCUCCGCUAGCAUCUUGCUAACAAAAUUGCUUUACGGCCGUCGUGAUCACAGCAAUGCAGCUGGCCGACCAAUC